AUGGAUGCGGAGGAGGCCCCGGGUAGCGAAGCGUUACGCGAAAAUGAAGAGCGAGAGCGAUCGACGUUCAAGCGCAUGCAGAUAGAAUGCACGCGCCAACGUCGGUUUUUCGAACGUGUGCGUGUCGAAACAGCUUUGGCUCGCGAGGCAGCACUAGGACCGCCUCGGGACGAUUGGGACGACGACCGUAGGCGAAAACCGCAGCCUGACGCAGGUAUGCAAGGCACCUUGGGGUUGAUGGCUAGCCCGACAGUAGUCAAGUCCGGGUUUCGCGAUCCGAUGCGGCAACAGGUCCGCUUUUUCCAGACUCUCGCUCUGCAGUUCCGUCGUCAAACCCAAGCCGGGGCCGGGGCCGUGGGCGGCGGCGGCGGCGAUGGCGGCAAGAAUACCUGUACGGAGUACGUGUCAAGUGGAUGA